AUGGAUGAAGAUAUCUCCAACUUUGUGGCCAUUACGGCCGCCAGUCCGGAAGCAGCUCGCGGCUUUCUCGAGAUGGCUAAUAACAACUUAGAGUCUGCCAUUCAGCUCUUUUUCGAGAACCCCGACAUCCAGAAUAGCUUCAACCAGGCUGCCAAUGCUGCUCCCUCUGCUGGCGCUUCCACAACACCGCCUGUUCCCACAAGUACCCGGCCGACUGUUGGACGACAGGACGAGCGUGGGGUCAUUCACAUAGACAGCGACGACGACGGUGAUACCGCCAUGACUGUCGACGACGACGAUGACGACCCGUUUGGACAGAAUGACUCGGACAUUGCGGCAAACGCCCAGGUUGAAGCUAUUGCACGUACUGCACAGGAGGAGGAAGAUGCCGCCAUGGCUAAGAGAUUACAAGAAGAGCUUUACUCGGAGCGUGGAACAGGCGGUGCUGGUGGCGCUGCGCAGGAUGAUGUCAGAUCGCCUAUUGCUCGAACCACGGAGACGCUCGUCGGAGGCUACGAUGGCGAUGGCGGCAUGGGCAUGGACAUGGACACGAUCCUUCGGGCACAGUUGAGGCAGCGAGAGGCAGCAAGAGCGACACGAGGCGGACAUCGAGGCCCCUUUAACCACAACUUGUCGAUCUGGGACGACGAUAACUCGACUCCCCAGCCAGCCGCGACAGAAGGCGGGACCCGUGCCCAAAGGCUUGCGGAGCUCUUCCGCCCUCCCUACGACAUCAUGUCUAGGCUAGACUGGGAUGAGGCGAGACAGGAAGGCAAGGACGAGAAGAAGUGGAUCAUUGUCAAUCUCCAGGAUAUGAGCGACUUCAACUGCCAGGCUCUCAACCGCGAUAUCUGGAAGGAUGCGGCGAUCAAGCGUCUGCUGGCGGAGAGUUUCAUCUUUCUGCAGUACGACAAGGAUUCCCUUUCGGCACAGCAAUACGUUACUUUUUACUUCCAUCACGGCGGCCACGAGAACCCCGACAAUUACCCACACGUCGCCAUCAUCGAUCCGAGAACGGGAGAACAGGUCAAGGUCUGGAGUGGACGGCCGUUCCCUUCGGCUUCAGACUUCCACGCCCAGCUGGCCGAGUUCCUGGACCGGUACAGCUUGGCGGCCAAUAGCAAGAACCCCGUGGCAGACCAGGGAACGCAACGCCCCAAGACGGUCGACGUUGACCGCAUGACGGAGGAGGAGAUGCUGGAAAUGGCGCUGCAAAACAGCUUGGCGACGUCCAACGGCGGCGGCAGCGGCAGCUCAUCCAGCAAGCCCAACACGAGUGUCUUUGAUCCCGACGCUCUUACCAAGUCGGACUCUUCCAGCGAGAAGGGCAAGGCCCCGGUAGACGAGGCCACGACACCGACGGCAGAGGCGGCGGCACCUUCGCAGAGCAUCUGGGCCCAGAUUGCCAGCGACAGACCUCACACAGAGCCCGAGAACAACCCUGCGACGACAACAAGAAUACAGUUCCGACACCCCACAGGACGUGUCAUUCGGCGGUUCAACCUGGACGACUCGGUGAGACGCAUCUACGAGUGGCUCAAGGCAGAGCCUCUGGAGGGCAAGGCCGGCGUUGAGUUGGAGCUGAAGCGUAUGCCUCAGGGCCAGGACCUGACGGAAGACCUGGACAAGACGAUCCUGGAGGCUGGUCUCAAGCAGGGAACGGUCAUGAUUGAGUUCAUUGAGGACUAG